CUCUCUCUCUCUCUCGCGGAAACUGCUUUUAGAAUAGAAAUUAGGAAGAGAGGCUGCGGCGAGGCGAGCAGAAGAGCGAAAAAGAGAGACACAGAGAGAGAGAGAGGGAGGAGCGGAGGAGCUCACCGCGAGUGGGCUUACCGCAUCGCUUCCUUCGUCGCCUCCUCGUCUAUGGAUUCUUCUCUCUCUCUUUAGGGUUCCUCGCGGCUUCCCCACGUCUCCGGCGAUUGCUUCGGGCUCAAGGGAAGUGACGAGGACCCCAAUUGGUUUCGCCGGCGCUGCGGCCGUGGUCCUUGCUCAUCCCAUUGGUUGUAGGGCCGAUUCUCCUCCUCCGCCUCUUCGCUGGCGGCGAUCCGGCGAUCCGUCGCCCUGCUCGCCAAUCUGUUGCAUUUCAAGAUCCGGAGUUGCAGGCGCCGCAAGGCCUGCAGCCGCGGCCUGUACUUGGGGGCCGGGACCAUGCUCUGGCUCGUCCGCCUCUCCGGCCUCUGCUCCGCCGCCAUGCUGAUGGUCGUCCUCUCCCCUUCCUUCCAAUCCUUCCCUCCUGCCGAGGCCAUCCGGUCUUCGCACUAUCUCCGGACCCCUGGUGGCAGGUACCACCGUGUCGCCGCCCUAUCCGAUUUCACCGACGUCUCUGGAUUUCGGCGCGCGCCGAGUUUCCGCAAUGCCGGCGAUUGCGAGGUCCCUUCGGCCAAUGGAACCUCGGUCUGCGACCCGUCGCUCGUGCACAUCGCCAUUACCCUAGAUGAGGAGUACCUGCGCGGUUCCAUCGCAGCGGUCCACUCGGUGCUCACCCACGCCCGGUGUCCAGAGAGCGUCUUCUUCCAUUUCUUGGUUUCGCAACCUGGCUUGGAGACCGUUGUGCGAUCCGCCUUCCCCGGGCUCCGAUUCAAGGCGUACUUCUUCGACCCGGAUCGCGUCCGGGGGCUGAUCUCGACGUCGGUGCGCCAGGCCCUGGAGCAGCCCCUCAACUACGCACGCAACUACCUCGCUGACAUCCUCGAACGGUGCGUGCGCCGAGUGAUCUACCUGGACUCGGACCUCGUGGUCGUCGAUGACAUCGCCAAACUAUGGCGGACGGGGUUAGGGUCGCGCGCCGUGGGAGCGCCGGAGUAUUGUCACGCCAACUUCACCAAGUACUUCACCCCGCGCUUCUGGUCCGAUCAACGACUCGCAGCGGCGUUCGCCGGUCGCCGGCCAUGCUAUUUCAAUACCGGGGUGAUGGUGCUCGACCUCGUCCGGUGGCGACGCUCUGGGUACACGCGGCAGAUCGAGCAGUGGAUGGAAGUACAGAAAGGCGGUGAGGCACCCGGCGGCCCGGGGCGGAUCUACGAGCUGGGCUCGUUGCCACCUUUCCUUCUCGUCUUCGCCGGGCACGUGGCGCCCAUCGAGCACCGGUGGAACCAGCACGGGCUCGGCGGCGACAACAUCAAAGGCAGCUGCAGGGACCUGCACGCGGGGCCGGUGAGCCUGCUCCACUGGAGCGGCAGCGGCAAGCCGUGGGUGCGGCUCGAUUCAAAUAGGCCGUGCCCGCUCGAUCACCUCUGGGCGCCUUACGAUCUCUACGGUCCCGACGUCGCUUGACACUACAUUCACGGCCGCUGCUCUCCGGUAAAUCCUCUGCCUCGUCUACUUCUAUUGCUCCCCAUCAAUUUUCAUACAAAAAAAACAUCAGGAUCGUCGACUAUUUCAAAAUUUCACGUUUGUUAUUCUUUUCGGUUUUAAUGGUGAUUUAGUGACUUCUCUCUUCGCUUCCCUUACUUUUGCUCCCAAACCCCGUUCUUGCGAGGCGAUUUAUAUUUUACAUUCCAUUGUUACUGCCUCAAUGAAAUAAAAGGGAAGCAAGAUGAUCAAAUUUGUUCCAUAUUGAAUCCCUUUCUCUCAA